AUGGAAUUAAGAACGUUUGACAUCGAUGCCAAGUUGCUUGAGCAGUUCAGUGCACUGGGUACGACAGAUAGGGAUGAGCUGAUUCAGCAACUCAAAUCAGUCGUUGGAAAUGAUCUGACAGAUGAGUCCUGUCGGUUUUUCCUGGAGCUAGCGGACUGGAACUUACAGCGAGCGAUUGGAGCCUAUUUCGAUUUCAGUUUUGAAGACAAUCAUUCCACAAGCUGUGGACAUCUUACAGCGUACAGUGCAUCCGCCACUGUAGAGAACACGCUUGACUCAGCUGAUAGAAGAGAAUUUGACGCGCGUAUAUGGCCUUCGCCAUAUGACUCCUCAGACGUCGGGGAACUUAUUAAAGUUACAAUUGAAAACUGUGGAUCCUGUCCGUGGCCAGAGGGGACUUUCUUGCGUUCUGAAUUAGAUCACACAGUUGCUAAACUGAAUAGUCUGUCUCUAGACGAUGGUCAAGUCCUUUGGCUUCCGAUUGGUGUUGACGGCAAAAUCCCAAUUUUACCUUUACAGCCAAGUCAGAUAGUAGACCUUACGUUAAACGUUACUCCUCCGAGUGUGCAGAUAAAUUAUCUACGCCCACUUGUUGGAGCGCUGUCAUUUUGUCUUCCGAAUGGGGAAAGAUUUGGAGAAAUCCUAUACUGCACUGCUGUACCUGACGUAGAACACAUGACCUGGCGAUACCAAAGAGGUAUUGGUGAAAACAAUACGAGUACAGGACGGAUUAGUCCAAUGCUUUUGGAGGACCUUUAG